UCCAAACAGAUGAAUUACUUUGAAUAUAUUGAGCGAUUCGUCAAAUGACUCUUUUUUCGUAUAAAACCGAGAUUUUCGGUCGAGUAGCCUCCAGUUCUUUUUGCAAAAAUAUCGGUGUAAGUCACCAUGAAUAAUUAAUAAGAUAACGACCAUAUAUAUUCCAGAAGAAUAACCUCCCUAGAAUUAGAAAACCAUCAUCAUGACUCUGAAGGUUUGGUUCUUGGUGCUGUUGGUGCAGUUGCUCAACUGCCACGCCCAACGUCAAAAUGUGGAACAGCUGACCCAGAGGAUCCGAGAUGCCAAAGACAGUGCCAAAAAGUACCAGUUUCCGGUCAAUAACGAGGAGUUUUUCCAAGUGAAAAAGUGCGAUGCGGGCGAGUUCGACUUUAUAAUCGUCGGUACCGGUAGUGCCGGCGGUGUCCUUGCCAACCGACUCACCGAAAUCAAAGAAUGGAACAUACUGGCCCUAGAGGCCGGUCCGGAAACCCCCGAUAUAUCCAACAUAUUGGGCAUGAACAUUUACAUGCACAACAGCCCUUAUAACUGGGGCUACAACACCACCAAACAGAAAAACAUGUGCCUGGGAUCGAAAAAUCAACAAUGCCCAUUCCCCAGGGGUAAAAUGAUGGGCGGUAGUAGCUCCAUUAACUUCGGGAUGUACGUGAGAGGACACCGCGAGGACUUCGAUAGUUGGGAGUACGAGUUCGGCAACCCCGGAUGGAAGUACGAGGACGUGUUGCCGUAUUUCCGGAAACCCGAGCAUGCCACGUUCACUAAGAACAUUGACAGGCCUUACCAUGGACACCAUGGACCACAAAAGGUCGGCAUCCCAAAUGACACUCCUAUAUUGUCUCAGGGGCUAAUUGAUGGGCAUAAGGAACUGGGCAAAAGGGAGCUGGAUUAUAAUGGGAGAGAGCAAAAUGGAGUCAGCAGGCUGCAGUUCUUCCUAGACGGUAACACCAGAUCCAGUUCCAACCAUGCCUUUCUAAAUCCAGUGAGAAACCGUAAGAAUCUGAUGGUCAGCACCGAGUCUCUUGUCACCAAGAUACUGAUCAAUGAAGAAAAGCGAGCUUACGGCGUCCUCUACGUAAAAAAUGGCAUAGAAUGUAUUGCCACAGCCAAAAAAGAGGUCUUGCUAUCCGCAGGUGCCAUUAACUCCCCGCAAGUCCUCAUGCUCUCGGGCGUAGGCCCCAAGGAGGAACUGGAGAAGCACGAGAUCGAACUCGUCCAGGAUUUGCCCGUGGGGAAGUUUAUGCAGGACCAUCAGUUCUUUCCCGGAUUGUUUUACAGGAGCAAACGGAGCUACUAUAAUCAGUCGUUGGAGGAGCAGGUGCGACUGUGGACCAGGAACCAGCGCCCUCUGACGCCCAGUUUAGGUCAACAAGCGGUCAGUUUCUGGAACUUCGAGGGGCCCGAGAGUGGACAACCCGAGGUUGAGUUUUUCUUUUUUGGGCCGCCGAUGUUGUCCGAAGAUUUGGCCCUGUACCUCGGUUACACGGAUGAAUACUUGGAAGUAUUCAAGUCUCUGCAGCAACACAACGACAUCAACGUGAACAUCGAGCUGUUGCAUCCGUUGUCCAGGGGCACCGUGACCCUGCAAUCCAAGAACCCCAUCGAUUUCCCAGUGAUUGACCCGAACUACUUCUCCGAUCCAGAGGGGGUCGACCUGGAGAACAUGUACAGAGGCGUACUGGAAGCACUUAAGUUUAACGAGACCGAAUCGUUCCAGAAAAUGGGCCUGGAACUGUUGGUGUUGCCUUAUCCGACUUGCGACGAUAAGUACAAGCAGCUGAGCAAGGAUUGGUGGUACUGUGCCCUAAAGACGUUGUCCAGCACGCUGUUUCACCCAGUGAGUACCACCAGGAUGGGUCCGGAUCCGGAAACUUCCGUGGUGAAUCACGAGUUGAAGGUGCACGGCAUAAAGGAUCUCAGGGUUGUAGAUGCUGGAGUGUUUCCGGAUCAUAUUUCCGGACAUCCGAAUGCCGCUGUCGUAAUGAUCGCCGAGAAGAUCUCCGAUGAAAUUAAAGAUGAAUAUUUACGUUAAAAACUAUAGUUUUAGUGUCCAAAAAAAAAAAUUUUGUUGUUAAAUAAAUCGAUUUUCGUUGCCUAA